GCUGAUGUAAAUACCCGCCCUCGGCUCCGCCCCUGGGGGGGCGGGUAAAUGCCCGCGCCCCUCCCCCACUUGGUCAACUACCCCCUUCUCCGCACCGCCCCCUGGGGCGGUUUCUGGGGAGGCCCAGACGCAGCCUCCAUCCCUAGGGUAGAUGGGCGAAACCCCCAGUGUGUUGGAAGCACAGACCCAGUAGGGUAAACAUAGGAGGGUCGGGGACCCCAAGUCCCGGCGCCCCCAGACCAACAGGCGCCUGAAGUGCGGCCCGGGACCGGAGGCUGCGGGAUUCGCGACCUAAAAUGGUGUCCGUGUCCGGGGAUGGGGGCGGGGGAACUGGACCAGGCCGCAGCGGAGCCUGCACCUCGACUGGGUGGGGGUCAGCGCCCGGGCCUCACAGGACUCAGGCUCGCGCCCUGGGCCCGCCGGGCGCCUUCCGAUCACUCCUCUAUCUCAAGAGACUCCUGAGUCCGCGCCAGGAGGAGGCUGCACUGCGCACGGAGGGGAGGGGACGAGGUCCUAUUUGGGACCGACCAACUGCAGAGAGCUGAGAGUCACGCUGAGACCUUCCCUUCCCACUCCUUCUUCCAUGCAUUCCCCGGUGCUGUGUAGUCCUGGGCCCCAAGGUUCUGCGCAGCAGCUAGCUCCCCACGGACCUGGCCUGGCUGAGGCCCCGUCUUCACUGUGCAUGCAGGUGGGAGUGAGGGGAACGAGAGAAGCGCCGUGCGCCUCAGUUUCCCCUCUAGCUUCUCUUAAGUACACCCCGCCCCCUCCUUGCAACCCCAGAUCUGUUCUCCCCGCUGGCCCACGGCAGAUGGCAGGGACUUAAUUCCACCGACUGCCCAGCUUGGCCGCAACCUAAUCGCCGGCCCCUCGCCCUCCUGUGCGCAGCAGGCCUGGGGCCCGGGCAGAGAGCAGUGGAGCCCCCACCCUACCUGAGCCUGUUCAGCCCCUUCCUUUGGCUUUUGGAGAAGAACAGAGAGAAGGGGGGGGGGAAGGUGGGAGCCCUAGGGGCAGGGUCCAGCAGUUGCAGAAAGGGCUAGGUAGGGAAAAGGGGAGUUUUCUUGGAGUUUCCUUGAGGUCCCUGCUUAGUUGAUUGUCUGCUCUGGGUUGAUGGCGAUUGGAUGACCUCUAAGUCACUUGGAUGCCAAAGAGAGAGAUGGUUGGGGGAGGUGAGUUCCAGUAUUUUCUCAUAGUGCCCCUGGCCUGUUCUGACCAGUCCACUCUUCUGAGGCCUCUUUGUGGGAGGGAGCCAGGCCCAGGACCACCCUAUAGAUUCAUCAGGGCUGGAACAAGGUGAAGGGCUUUGUUCAAGCACAGUCUGCAGAAUUAAGUGAGGGGGUGAGGUGAGGGGAGGACUCCUACUUUCUUCUUCUAGUUCGCACCUUUUCCCCCACCCCACCUUGGUCUCCAGCAAUGCCAGCUGCAACCUGCUGGGACUGUCUCCAGUUACAGUAUGAAGGCUGGAAAGAGAGAUGGGGUCUUGCUAUGUUGCUCAACCUGGUCUUGAACUCUUGGCUUCAAGCAAUCCUGCUUUGGCGUCCUAAAGUGCUAGGAUUACAGGUCUGGGCGCUAUGGGGGACAUGAAGACCCCUGAUUUUGAUGACCUCCUUGCUGCCUUUGACAUCCCUGACAUUGAUGCAAAUGAAGCCAUCCACUCUGGGCCUGAAGAAAAUGAGGAGCCAGGAGGCCCAGGGAAGCUAGAAUCCAGCAUAGGAGGCGAAUCUAAAGAUACAGAAGCAGCCUCUGCUGGGGAUGGCCCUGGGGGUCCAGCCCAGGCUGCUGACCAUGGCCUACCACUACCAGAUAUUUCCACAGUCAGCGUCAUUGUCAAGCAUACUGUGUGCCCUGAGCAGUCUGAGGCUCUGGCUAGGGGGUUAGGAGAGGAGGGUGGCCAGGCUGAGGUGUUGAUUAAGGAAGAAUGUGUGAAUCCUCCUCUGAUGCAAAAUGGUUUUGGGGGCCCUGAGGCAUCUCCCCCAGGAACCCCUCACUCUCCAGCUCCUCCCACUGAGGAUACCUGGAAAGAAAAAGCCAUGGAAGGCAAAACUCAUUUGGACCUCUUUGCUCAUUUUGGGUCUGAGCCAGGGGAACACUCGGACACCCUGCCUUCCUCUGUACCUUCCCCUCCUCGGGAAGGGGAUAUGACCCUACCCACUUUUACCUCUCCCUUUGAGCUGGCCCAGGAGAAUGUCUCAGGCUUGCUGCCACCUGGUUCUUCCCCACUGCUGGGGGCCUUGAAGCAGGAAAGCUGCAGCCCCCCUCAUCCCCAGGAUAUAGCCCAGGGAGCCUUGGGCUCCAGCCCCAAAGCCUUGGGCAUCCCUGCCAGCACCUCAUCCCCCCAGGUUGCUGGAACGCCCUUCUUCAAGCAGUCUCCAGGGCAUCAGAGCCCUCCCGCCUCCCCCAAAGUACCCAGCUGUCAGCCCCUGAAGGAAGAAGACAACCAGGGGCCAGUGGACAAGUCUCUCCAGGAAAGUCCCCAUAGUCCCUCUAGUGGAGCUGAGGCAGCAGAUGAGGACAGCAAUGACUCCCCUACCUCCAGCUCCACUAGGCCUCUGAAAGUGCGGAUCAAAACCAUUAAGACAUCCUGCGGGAGUAUCACAAGGACUGUAACCCGAAUACCCUCCGACCCUGACACGCCUGCCCCCUUGGCUGAGGGGGCCUUCCUGGCUGAGGCCAGCCUCCUGAAGCUAUCCCCUGCAACACCAGCCCCUGAAGGUCCAAAGGUGGUGAGUGUGCAGUUGGGUGAUGGUACGAGGCUGAAGGGCACUGUGCUGCCUGUGGCCACCAUCCAGAAUGCCAGCACUGCCAUGCUGAUGGCAGCCAGUGUGGCCCGUAAAGCUGUAGUUCUUCCUGUGGGGACCGCCACCAGUCCUAAGAUGAUUGCUAAGAAUGUACUGAGCCUGGUGCCCCAAGCCUUGUCCAAAGCUGAGGGGCGGGCAGGGCUGGGGUUAGGGGGGCAGAAGGUGAAUGGUGCCUCAGUGGUGAUGGUGCAUCCUUCAAAGACGGCUACUGAGGUAGGUGUCGGGGGCGGCACAGUGAUCUCACGGACCCAGUCCAGCCUGGUGGAAGCCUUUAACAAGGUCCUCACCAGCAAGAACCUGCUGCCCGCCUACAGGCCGAACCUGAGCCCGCCUGUGGAGGCUGGGCUGGCCCUGCCUCCAACGGGCUACCGCUGUCUUGAGUGUGGGGAUGCCUUCUCUCUGGAGAAGAGCCUGGCACGGCACUAUGACCGCCGGAGCAUGCGCAUCGAGGUCACCUGCAAUCACUGUGCCCGCCGCCUGGUCUUCUUUAACAAGUGCAGCCUGCUCCUGCACGCCCGCGAGCACAAGGACAAGGGGCUUGUCAUGCAGUGCUCGCAUUUGGUCAUGAGGCCCGUGGCCCUUGACCAGAUGGUGGGGCAGCCGGACAUUACACCCCUGCUGCCUGUGGCUGUCCCACCUAUUCCUGGACCUCUGAUCUUGCCUGCCUUAGGCAAGAGUGAGGGGGCCAUCACCUCUGCUGCCAUCACAACAGUUGCUCCUGAGGCCCCUGUUCUGCCGCUCUCAGUGGACCCUCCUGUUGCCCCUGCCACCUCUGCUUACACGUGCUUUCGCUGUCUGGAGUGCAAGGAGCAGUGCCGGGACAAGGCUGGCAUGGCAGCCCACUUCCAGCAGCUUGGGCCCCCUGCCUUCGGGGCCACUAGCUCUGUUUGCCCAACCUGCCCCAUGAUGCUCCCCAACCAUUGCAGCUUCAGUGCCCACCAGCGCAUGCAUAAGAAUCGACCCCCACAUGUCUGUCCCGAGUGUGGGGGCAACUUCCUGCAAGCCAAUUUUCAGACCCAUCUCCGUGAGGCCUGUCUGCAUUUCUCUCGCCGUGUAGGAUACAGGUGCCCCAGCUGUGCGGUGGUAUUUGGGAGCAUGAACUCCAUCAAGUCCCAUGUCCAGGCGUCGCACUGUGAGGUUUUCCACAAGUGCCCCAUCUGUCCCAUGGCCUUCAAGUCUGGACCCAGCGCCCAUGCUCACCUCUACACCCAGCAUCCCAGUUUCCUCAUGCAGCAGGCCAAGCAGAUCUACAAAUGUGCCAUGUGUGACACGGUCUUCACCCACAAGCCCCUGCUGUCCUCGCAUGUCGACCAGCACCUGCUGCCCCAGUGUGUCAGUGUCUUUAAGUGCCCAUCCUGCCCUCUGCUCUUUGCCCAAAAAAGGACCAUGCUGGAACAUCUCAAGAGCACCCAUCAGUCUGGGUGCUUGGGAGAGGAGCCUGCUGGGAAAAGGGGUGCCCUUCUGACACCCAAGACUGAGCCUGAAGACCUGGCUGUGUCUCAGGGAGGGGCGGCACCUGCUACUGAGGAAUCCUCUUCAUCUUCAGAAGAGGAAGAACUGCCCAGCUCCCCUGAGUGCCCCCGCCCAACCAAACGGGCACGGCGGGAAGUAGGGAGCAAAGGCAUCAAGGGUGGGGGAGGCGGUGGUGGCUGGACCUGUGGCCUCUGUCACUCCUGGUUCCCUGAGCGUGAUGAAUACGUGGCUCACAUGAAGAAGGAGCAUGGCAAGUCUGUGAAAAAGUUUCCCUGUCGGCUGUGUGAGCGCUCCUUCUGCUCAGCACCCAGCCUGAGGCGCCACGUCAGGGUCAAUCAUGAGGGCAUCAAGCGAGUUUACCCAUGCAGGUACUGUACAGAGGGGAAGCGCACCUUCAGCAGCCGCCUCAUCCUGGAGAAGCACGUGCAGGUCCGGCAUGGCUUGCAGCUUGGGGCCCCGUCCCCUGGCCGGGGGAAUGCCCGGGGUCCUGGUGCCCGAUCCCAGGCGCCAGGCCGGAAAUGCCGCCAGUCUUCUGACUCUUGCAGCGAGGAGCCUGACAGCACAACACCACCAGCGAAGUCCCCCAGGGGAGGACUUGGGCUGGGAGGUCAUGGCCCCCUGUGCUACCGAAGCAGUGGACCAGUGGAACAGGGCCUUGCUGUGGGGUUGAGGGUGGGUGGUGGCGCCCAACAGUGCCUCGACUGUGGCCUAUGCUUUGCCUCCCCUGGCUCACUGAGCCGGCACCGUUUCAUCAGCCACAAGAAAAGACGGGGUGUGGGUAGGGCCAGUGUCCUGAAGUUGGGGGAUGGAGAGGAAGAGGGUCCCCCUCCAUCAAAGUCUGACCUAGAUGGUGGAAAUUCAACCUUGCCUCCUCCUGGGGGCCCACUGACCUGUAAGGUGUGUGGCAAGAGUUGUGACAGCCCUCUCAACCUCAAGACCCAUUUCCGCACACAUGGCAUGGCAUUCAUCAGGGCUCGGCAAGGGGGCAGCGGGGACAGCUAGGCUUCAAGCCCAGGAUUGAGCAGCCCUUCUCUCUUCCCAGGGAGCUUGGUUUUCCCUGCUGCUUCCUGGGCUGCGACAUUUCAUUAACAUUCAUAUUUUGUUCAAAUCCUUUCUCUCGCCCCAACCCUGAGGAAAAGCUUUUGAGGAAUAUAGUUACUUGCAAUCUCCCUUUGGGUUAGGCCCUUGGGCCCCGUUAGUGGCCCCUCCAUUCUUCUUUCUGAGCCCAACACUAAUGAUGCUCCUGCUGCAAAACCCCCAGUGUCGGACUGGGGCUGGGAGGAUGGGACAGUCAUAGACCUGCCAGACGGGUACAGAGGGACCAACGGGCAUGAACAGCCUCCACAAUUCCUCCAGGCACAGACUGGAAUCUUCUUCCUCUGGGCCAGGCCCUAACACCCCACUCCCAACUCCCUGGCGCUCAACCCACCCACCCUUGCAGUGCCUUUCACUUCUUUUCUUUUACCCCAGAAAUCCAGGGGUUGGUGGGGAUGAAUCCCGUCAAGGGGGCCCAGGGAGGAGGGGACAGGCUCUCAGGAAUCUUUUUUCUUGUAGUAAUAAUACUAACAAUGGGGGAAAUAGAAAACCAGACCAUUAAAACUGCUCAUGGUUUAACCCCCUAUGUAGGCCUCUAUGUGACUUGGAAACGUGAAGUUGGGGGGGCAGGAGUCAAACCUGGGGAGACCCCUUUUAGGGAAAAAGUGGCACU